CACAUUAGUUUCCCCAUGUGAGUUUACCUUGAUGGAUUAGACACGUCUAAAAUUAUAAACUAUGGAUAACAUCACCGACGGAAAAUGGAACAGUCUGCCUGUGAAACUUAAUGACAACAUAUCACAGACUCUUAAAGAGCUGAAAUUUACAUACAUGACACCGGUUCAGUCUGCCUGCAUCCCUCUUUUUAUGAGGAAUAAAGAUGUAGCUGCUGAGGCGGUGACUGGCAGUGGCAAAACUCUCGCCUUUGUGAUUCCUAUCUUAGAAAUUCUCCUCAAGCGAGAAGAAAAGUUGAAAAAGAUGCAGGUUGGUGCAUUGAUCAUAACGCCCACCCGUGAGCUGGCGCUGCAGAUCAGUGAAGUUAUGGGUCGUUUUCUCCAGGGAUUUCCUCAGUUCAGGCAGAUUCUGUUAAUUGGUGGCAGCAACCCCAUUGAAGAUGUUGAGAAGUUUAAGGAUCAGGGAGCCAAUAUUGUGAUUGCGACACCCGGUCGAUUGGAAGACAUGUUCAGGAGGAAGGCAGAUGGUCUUGAUCUGCCCACUGCUGUGAAGUCUCUGGAUGUUCUAGUCUUGGAUGAAGCAGACCGAUUGCUGGAUAUGGGCUUUGAGGCGAGUUUAAACACUAUUCUGGGGUAUUUACCGAAGCAGCGACGCACUGGACUUUUCUCUGCCACCCAAACACAAGAGCUGGAGAAGCUGGUGAGAGCGGGUCUGAGGAACCCUGUUCGUAUCACAGUGAAGGAGAAAGGUGUGGCGGCCACAAGCGUCCAGAAAACCCCUGCGAGUCUCAGUAACUACUACACCAUUUGUCGAGUCGAGGAGAAGUUCAACAUUUUGGUGGCGUUUCUCAGACAACACAAACACGAGAAGCAGCUGGUGUUCUUCAGCACCUGUGCAUGUGUGGAGUAUUUCGGUAAAGCCCUGGAGGUGUUAAUCAAGAGCGUCACCGUCCACUGCCUCCACGGCAAGAUGAAAGACAAACGAAACAAGAUCUUCGCAGAUUUCCGAGCUCUGAAGAGUGGGAUUCUUGUGUGCACAGACGUCAUGGCGAGAGGUAUUGACAUACCGGAAGUGAACUGGGUUCUUCAGUACGAUCCACCAAGCAGUGCGAGUUCCUUUGUACAUCGGUGUGGGCGAACUGCACGCAUCGGGAACCUCGGCAAUGCACUAGUCUUUCUGCUACCAAUGGAAGAGUCGUAUGUAAAUUUCCUUUCCAUUAAUCAAAAGUGUCCCCUACAGUUGUUUCGUCCUGUGAAAGAUGUGGUUGAUGUUCUUCCUAAACUGAAGACAAUGGCUCUAAGAGAUAGAGCAGUAUUUGAGAAAGGCAUGAAAGCCUUUGUCUCGUGUGUCCAGGCGUACGCCAAACACGAGUGUAGCCUGAUCUUUCGCGUUAAAGAUCUGGAUUUUGCCGCUAUGGCUCGUGGUUUCGCCCUCCUCCGUUUGCCCAAAAUGCCUGAACUGAGAGGAAAGACUUUCCCUGACUUCAAAGAGAUCCCGGACACAGACGCCAUUCGUUUUAAAGAUAAAAACCGUGAGAAACAGAGACAGAAAAUGCUUGCACAGCUGAGAGAGAAAUACAAAAAUAUGCCAAUGAGGAGAAGAUUUGUCAAGACCAAAUCCUGGUCGAAGCAGAAGACCAGAAAGGACAGAAAGAAAAAAGUAGCAGCCAAAAGAAAACUGGAUGAGGGUUCAGAUGGUGAUGGCGAAGAGCUUUUAAAUGACACGCGUGCGCUGAAGAAACUCAAGAAGGGAAAAAUCAGCGAAGAGGACUUUGAAAAACACAUAACUUCUGCUGGGACCUCAAAGCACAAACAAGCCACCACGUCUCAUGAGGACAGUUUUGAUGGAGACGGAGAAUGAGCUGUGAUUGGCUGAUCAGUUUGAACUGUUAUAUGACUGUACACAUGGAUGGUUGUUUGACUUGAAUGUGCAAGUAUGCUGGAUCAGCAGAGUCAAUUUCAUGACGGCUUUAUGUAUAAUGUACGAGGAGGGUGCAUUCUUCACAACUGUUUUUGUAAUAAUGAUGUUGUCUGCCAUAUAUAUCCCUGGCCAAAAAACAAAGAAUUAAAGGUUUGUAAUGGAUUAUAUAAAGUGGUUUGAAAAGCAAAUUCAAAUAUAAAAAUGUAUAUAAUUUGAUAACAUAAAAAAAUAGCAUCCAAAAGAAAAGUG